GUGACAAUAAGAAUCUGUAAGAUAAAAAAAAAAAAAAAAAAAAAGGAAAGCACUUUAGUUUUUUACUUUUUAAAAUAUCUUUUUUUCAUUUUUAUCGAUCGGUCGAUGAUUGAUUUGAAGAGUGUUCGUCGCGGCUGUAUGAAGUUUGUAAUAUUAAAACAAAAUCGAAAAUCGUGGUGGAAAAAUCAGCAUAAUCCCAAAAUUAGGAUUUGCGAGGAAAGAGCAACGGUGAUAAACGUUAAAAGAAAAUUGGCAAAACUGCUCUUUGAAACUUGCGAAGAUUGUAAGAGAAUGGCAUCUAUUCCGCAAGGCGCGUUUGCGGCGUGCAAAGUCCGUCGCAAUCGAGAACGCAAUGCUAUGAUAUCACGGAUGGAGAAGAAAGAAAAAUCGUGUAAAGAAAAUACGUUCAACAUGAGACCCCCAUUGGAAGGUUGGGAACUUACGCCGUUAAAAUAUAACAGUAAAUUAAUGAACAGCAUCUGGGGACUUUAUAAUCGUUAUUCGGUGCACAAUUUCAAGAAGAACAAUUCUAACGAAGGGGUGUUUAAGACGUUCGUGGCGGCAUGGAAAAUUAUUUUUCACGACCGUACCCCGCCGCGAAUUCGAUGACUUGCUGUUGCCAAAAAAAAUUCUCAAAUUAUGUAAAAGAGAGGGAACAGUAUAUGUGGUCCGAUUUCAUCUUUGAUACAUUGAUACGUGUAAUGACGAUCGUUUAUUCAAUGUGCAAUAAU